AUGUGUGACUGGAUCUGUGUUAUUUUGUUGUUUGUGGUUAUUUUGGGGGAAUCAGAACAGGAUGAUGUUGUCUGUGAGAUGCUGGGGAGCCCAGAGUUCCCUCUCAUGUCUAAGAAAGGAGAUGUUGUCAUUGGAGGAGCUUUUUCUAUUCACAGUCACAUUUCAGAGCCUUCACUCUCCUCAGCGGACGCGCCAGGUCUUCCCAUAUGUUCCAGGCUAAACUUAAGAGAAUUUCGUUUUGCUCAAACAUUGAUAUUUGCCACCGAGGAGAUCAACAAUAGCAGCUCUCUGCUACCAAAUAUCUCGGUGGGUUAUAAGAUUUUUGACAACUGUGCAUCAUCAUUACCCACAACACGUUCAGCAAUGGGGCUCAUAAAUGGACACAAGAAGAAACUGGGCCAAACUUGCUCGGGCCAGUCAUCUGUUCAUGCCAUCAUUGGAACGUCUGAGUCAUCCACAACGAUUGCAAUGCUAAAAAUGUUAUCCGUUUUCAAAAUACCACUGAUCAGCCACUUUGCCACAUGUGCUUGUCUCAGUAACAGAAAGGAGUACCCCUCCUUCUUCAGAACCAUUCCCAGUGACUACUACCAAAGCAGAGCACUGGCUAAACUGGUGAAGCACUUUGGAUGGACGUGGGUCGGUGCAGUGAGAAGUAACAACGACUACGGUAACAAUGGGAUGGCAACAUUUAUUACAGCCGCGGGUCAGGAGGGGAUCUGUGUUGAGUACUCUGAGGCCAUCUCAAGGACUGGUUCUACGGAGCAGCUUCAGAAGACGGUCAGAGUGAUCCGUGGAGGAACAUCACAUGUUUUAGUCGCCUUUCUUGCUUAUGAUGAGAUGGAUGUUCUGCUUGAGGAAGCUCUGAGGCAGAACCUGACUGGGCUGCAGUGGGUGGGCAGUGAAUCCUGGAUUACUUCGAGUCAUUUGGCUGACCAGAGAUACUCCGGUCUCCUAACAGGGUCGUUGGGCUUUGCAAUAAGAAAGGCUAAAAUCGAAGGCCUGAAAGAGUUUCUUUUACAGGUUAAACCAAGCCAGGACCCCCAGAGCAACGUGUUGAAAGACUUCUGGGAAACAACCUUUGGUUGUAGUUUUCAGUCCGGUUUACGUGGAACAGAACAGUGUUCUGGUUCUGAGAGACUCCAGGACAUAAACAACGUUUUCACUGACGUUUCAGCACUCCGGAUAUCUAACAAUGUGUAUAAGGCUGUGUACGCUGUUGCUCAUGCCAUGCACAGCAUGUUCAAAUGUGGGCAAAAUGGUGAAUCAAUGAAUCACUCUCGCAUUUUAGCCGAUGACAUGGAGCCAACACAGCUUGUGAAACACCUCCAGGAUGUUAAUUUCACGCUCCAGUCAGGAGAGAGAGUGCAUUUUAAUGAAAAUGGAGACCCUGCAGCAACGUAUGAGCUUGUGAACUGGCAGAGAAACCCAGCAGGAGAGACUGUGUUCAUGACUGUAGGGAGCUACGAUGCUUCACUACCAAAUGGAAAACAGUUUACCAUGAAUGGAGUAAAUAUAACAUGGGCAGGGACAUCUUGGGAGAGGCCGUUGUCUGUCUGCAGUGAGAGUUGUCUGCCAGGCUUCCGACAGGCGACGAUUAAAGGCAAACCGAUCUGCUGCUUCUCCUGUGUCACCUGCACUGCUGGAGAGAUCAGCAACUCCACCAAUUCUGCAGAAUGUUCACGGUGUCCAUCAGACUUCUGGUCCAACGAUGACCACAGCAAAUGUGUCCCAAAGGCGGUCGAGUUCCUUUCCUACGGAGAGACGAUGGGGGAUCAUCUCGCUGCUUUCUCCUUGUUUGGAGCCAGUUUAACACUGGUGGUCUCUUUGGUUUUCUUAUGGUUUCGCCACACUCCUCUAGUCAAAGCCAGUAACUCUGAGCUGAGCUUCCUGCUACUCUUCUCCUUGACUCUGUGUUUCCUGUGCUCUUUAGCUUUCAUUGGACAGCCCACUGAGUGGUCCUGCAUGCUGCGCCACACAGCUUUUGGCAUCACGUUUGCUUUAUGUAUUUCAUGUAUUUUAGCUAAAACCAUAACCGUAGUGAUGGCCUUUAGAGCUAAAACGCCAGCAAACACCGUUCCUCAGUGUUCUGCUCCUCUCCAGAGAACAAGCGUUCUUGUCUGUACUUUACUUCAGGUUCUGAUUUGUGUGUUAUGGUUAGUGCACGCUCCACCGUUUCCCCUCAGAAACGCACUUCACACUAACAAAAGGAUCAUUCUAGAGUGUGAUUUAGGCUCACCUGUAGCAUUUUGGGUAGCGUUGGGAUAUAUAGGAUUCCUGGCUUUUCUUUGCUUUAUUCUUGCUUUUCUGGCUCGAAAGCUGCCUGAUAAUUUUAAUGAAGCUAAAUGCAUCACCUUCAGCAUGCUGAUAUUCAGUGCAGUCUGGGUGACGUUUAUCCCAGCUUAUAUAAGCUCUCCUGGGAAAUUUACUACAGCUGUAGAAGUGUUUGCUAUUCUGGCCUCAAGCUUUGGGUUGCUUUUCUGUAUUUUUGCCCCAAAGUGUUACAUUCUACUACUGAAACCUGAGAGGAAUACUAGAAACUACAUUAUGGGAAGAAACCACAUAAAUACUCCACAAUGA